UUGUUUCAGUUUGUCAUUUGCGUAUUGGUACAUAAAAAACAAGGUAAUAUUUUAUGACACAAAGCCGCCCAUAUUUUACCUAUGAUAUACAUCCAGGAAGAUAUACUUGCAUUUCGACGUUUCGUCGAACUCCUCUCUCAGGAGAGGAGUAUCUCGAUGUUAUACCUGGUGAUAUUCUAGUGGUUGAAUGUCGACCACAAAAUGCUACGGCACCGACCUCUUUUUUAUAUGGACUUAAUGAAACAACAAAACAUAAAGGAUAUUUCCCGGCAUAUUGUGUAGAUAUACGUGAAUUCGGAUCACUUCAACUGAGAAGCAAAAGCACCGAUCGGAUUGCUUCUACCCACUUUUUACCAAAUUCACAGAGUAUAAAAGCUACAAAUGUUGAUCCACAAAGCUCAUCACAACCAGUUAUACCUCCAAGGUGUAAACGUUUACUCAAUUUAUCUUCCCCAUCCUCGUUACUCAGUAUACCAUAUAGUUCGUAUUCUCAUUCAUGUACGAAUUUGUCGGUUUCUUCCCAAGAUAUUUUACCUCAACAGUGUAAUGUAUCCGUACCAACGUUAUCCUACCGGUGUCAUCAAUUUGUUAAUGUUUCUGUGAGUUAUCCGCUAAUAUGCAAUUUAUGUAAUGAUUAUAUAGUGACACCAAGGUGCAAUGCUAAUAGAUGUUUUACUUGCAAGUCUAUAUUUCAUCUUGUUUGUGCUGAAUACUCUAAAAGAUUUGAAGUAUUCACGUGUCAGCCUUAUAAAAAUGAUGAUUCGACGAUUAAAUCAGAGAAAUUGACUUGUUCAUCAAUAUGUAAUGCCUUCUCAUUAUUGUCGUCCUCUAUUUCAACCACUGAACAGCCACUGGUAUCUUGGAAUUGUACUCAAGUAGCCCAUUGGUUAGCUGUUGUUGGCCUUGGUCGAUUUGUUCGAUUAUUCAUCAAAUUGAAUUUAGAUGGUAAUUUCCUUUCAGAAGUUACUUAUGAUUCACCUCAUUUGUGUAGAGUAGCUGACCCAUUUGCUCGUGAAUCAUUAGAAAGAGCAAUAUUGACUUUGCAAGGUAAAGAACCUACUCCUGGAGAAAAUCUGGAUAUAUUCGCGAGUUUGGAUAUCGUUGUAGAAUGUCCAGGAAAAAGUAGCAAUUCUCGACAGCACGAUUUUCAGCUCAUUUCUUUUUACAGAACAGUCUCCUGUAUAGUGUGCAAUAUUCCUUUGUUAGGUUUCAGUCAUCAGGGAUUUCAGUGUAAAAAGUGUGGAGCUAUUUGUCAUCGUAUCUGUAAAGCUUUAGAUUAUUUUUCAAAUUGUCCUGGAGUAUUUUGUGCAAGUAAAGCAUUUAAUCCGGAAAACCAGGACGCUGGCUGUGGAACGAAUGAAGUUCCAACCUCAUUGGUUCCGUAUGUUAGUGAAUACUUUGGUGUUAAAUUGGAAGAACAAAAAUUAGAUUCUAAUUCAAAAGUCCCUAUAUUCUUAACUACAUGUACUGAACAAAUAGAAAAACUAGCUACUGAAAGCUUUAUUACUGCCAGUAAUAAUCCGUGUAUUCAACCUGUUGACAUGGCUAUGGUUUAUCAACAAUCAGCUUUAACGUAUACUCUACAAGAACUUCAUGAUACAUUUGCUCAUUGUUUGCCAUUACCCGAUAUAGAACAGUCAUCUACCCAUCCGUUGGACAUUGUACGUUUUGCCCAACUAAUGAAAGCUUUUCUUCGUGAUUUACCAGUGAAUGUGAUACCUGAAGAGUACUACUUAGAUUUUUGCAGUUUAGCAAAUAUAAGAAAUAUAGAUGAAAAGGAAAAAGCUGUUCAUGCAUUUCUUGAAAGUCUUCCUGAACUUCAUCGGCUGUGUUUGAUUCAUAUAUUUAACCAUUUAGGCUUCGUACUGAAUCAUCAAAAUAAGUUAAAAUCUUAUUUGUCAGAUUCAUCAUCUGUCAAUCUGAACCGGUCGAAUUCAUUUUCUGAGUCCAGUAUAAAUGUAUUGAAUAAAGCUACGCCUUGGUUGAUGAUUUUUAGACAAAUCCUUGUUCGACCACCAUGGCAUCUUAUCACCGACAUAGCUAUGGGUAUGGAUACACAUAUGCGUGCUUUAGAGGCUCUCUUUUCAACUUUUGUCGAUUUUGUCAGUGAGGAAUCAGAAUAUACAUCUCAAACUAAAAAUUCCGAAGCACAAUCUCAUGUAUUAGAUUCAAAUCUUCAAAGAAAUUAUAUAUCUUUUUCUCAAUUUGAACAUAUUUCCAGAUAUCAGGGUGAAAAACAUACAUCUUCAGAAUCUAUCUCACCAUAUCCUACUAAUGUAGUUGCACCAACUAUUAAUACUCCGCCUAGUCCUACUUCAAUUACUGCUAAUAAAAAAGAUUUACAGAAUCAAGAAUGGUAUUGGGGUGAUAUAACUCAAGAAGAGGUACGCGAACUGAUGACAGAUCUUCAAGAUGGAUAUUUUCUUGUUCGUGAUGCUUCUGGGAGUUCAUCCGCUGCAUUCACUUUGGUAGUCAGAUGGCGUGGUUUAAAUAAGUUGAAUCGAAUCUAUCAUCGUGGUGAUUAUUUCGGGUUCACUGAUCCUCCAUAUCCCAGUUGUCGUUUUGUUUCUGAGCUUGUUGAAUUUUGUCGUGUUCAUCCACUAACUUUGACUAGUUGUAGCAAUCUACGAUUGAUUUGGCCUGUAUCACGUCGUCAUAAACGUUUUCAUGGCAAAACUGACAUCUUAUUCGAUAAUACUGUAUCUAAUGAGAAUAAAAGCAAUGCAGAUGGAGUGUUUGCCUGCUUCUUAACUGAGUCACAAUUAAACAGUGAAUUGAAAAGUAAAGCUGCUGAAAUUAAUCAAUUGGAUAAAGUUAUUACUGAUUUACAGUUACAGUCGAAAAAUGCGAUUGAUUUGAAAGAGGAAGGUGUUCGUCUUAUAAAGGGUUAUCAAAAGAUACGUAAAUGGUUACAGACCUCAUUGAGUCAGUUAUAUGAUUAUUCAUAUCCUAGUGAAAAGUUGAAAAUCUCACCUCAAAUUGAAACGCUAAAAAGAGAAAUAGAUGAAAUUGAAAAACAAAUCAAGAUUAACAAGGAAGAGGUUAAUAAUCAAUCCAAACAAGCUCGAAUAAUAUGUGAAAACUACGCUAAUGCAAUUUUUCGUCAGCGUAAAUUAAGAAGACAGGCUCACGAAAUUCGUCGAGCAUUAAAAGAUCGAGGAUUUAAAGAAGAGUCUUUAUCUUCUUCGAGUUCUUCAUUAUAUGAUGACUCCACUUCUUCAACGAAACAGUCAAUUGAUAACCAAAGUAAUAUUGUACCGAGAAAUUCUAUAAAUUCUCAUGUUGAUAUUUAUUUACCAGAGGAGAUACGUGAUCGUCGAUAUUGGUUCCUCACAGAUGCUACUAGAGAAAAGGUGGAAGAGUUACUGAGGGAUAGACCUGCUGGAACUUUUAUCGUCAGACCGUCUGCUACUGGUGAUAAAUUAGCAUUGGGCAUACGGUUAGCAACAUCUGUUCAACAUUGUUUAAUUCAUUGUGUAAACGGAAAGUAUGGAUUUGUUGAAAAUUCUUGUACAUAUGAAUCAUUGGAAGAUUUGAUCUGUUACUAUCAUGUGGAGAAUUUAAAGCGAUACAAUAAUCUACUCAACAUAACUUUGAAGUAUCCAAUUAAGUUACAGUUGGAUGAAUGAAAAAAUGAUAGGGAAGGAGAUUAUGUGGUGUACUUGUUUUACUUCAUGAUCCUUUUUUGUUAUCUCCGGUUUGUAUUGUGUGUGUAUGUGUUUGUUCAUAGUUGUGUAUUCAUACAUAGAAAUACAGAUAAUUUUUGUCUCUUAUUGUUUACAUUUUUCCAAGAACGUAUUUUUCUUUCAUCACUAAUCAACAGUCACCACGUGGAACUAUCAAGUCUAACCUUAGCAUUGGUAAUUUAUUAUGUGCCUUAAUAUCUAUUGUUUGUUCAUUUUUCUGGCUUCAGAAGUUUUUAUUUUAUUAUUAUUACAGUGUUUUUAUGUUGGCGAAAAAAUACCACUCAGAAAUCGUACUCUCUUGUUUUCCCCUCCCCUUUCUUUUCUCUGUUAUAUUUUCAGAAUUAUUUCUUGAUAAUAAGUUGCGUCUUCGUGUAGGUAAAAACAGUUCCUGAUUGUAUUUAUUGAAUACCUCACUACAUAACUGAAUAGAAAACAGAUAUUAUUAUUGAUGUUGUUAGAAUACAAUUUGUUUUUCAGUCUUCUUUUACCUCUUCAUUUUCUCAUCCUUUCUUGAUCUCAUCAUCGAGACGAAAGGAACAUGAAAAACAAAAAAUAUUUUGGUGUAUACAACUGAUUAAUGAUUAUUUCUGUACACUGACAUUUUCUCUACCUGUGAUUUUCUGCUUUACACCUUGCUGUUACCUAUAUACUUCCCUUUAAAGCUUUACAACAAAAUUGUUUUACAGUCCGCUAAUAGUUUAUUAUUAAUUUGUUUUUUGCUUCAAUCCUUUUUUAUCUUAAGAUCUAAGAUUAUUAUUAUUAGUUUGUGUUAUUAUAAUUGUUGUAUCUUUACCACUUUAGAAUAAAGUUAACCACGCGAGCUUUCAUUUAAUUAGAAAAAACCCUAAUCAAUUAUCUUUAUAGAGAAAUGUUCCCUUUUGCGGAUCGGUUUUUUGUUGUUGUGUAAGUGUUUCUUAUUUCCUUCGAUAUCAAAGUUUUGAAUUGUAUCAGCCAUCUUCACCAAUCUCUAAAAAUUGACAGAUUCGCAUAGAUACAUCAUUAAUUUUGUUCAGUUUUGAAACUUUAUUAAUUUUUUGAACUCCAAGCUAAAUCAACUUUAUUUUUGCCUUGUUUUGCCUUAUUAUUUCCCGAGAAUUGGAAAUGUCGACCUGAAAUUUUAUUCAAUCGAAUUUCUUCAUAGUGAAUUCAAGAGUCGUUUAUGUAUAUUUAGCCUAAAUUUCAUUGCUUAUAUGAUCAAAUCCAAGAUUGUCUUGAUGUAAGUUGAGCUAGAAGUUCGAUAAGUUUCAAUAGUUGACAAUUAUUUGGAAUAAGGCACUAAAAACUUUAAAUUUUGACUGGAAAGAGCUCAAUAAUUUUAAAUAUCUCAACAAAUAUAGACUGUGUUGUUAUCUUGAUGCGAAUCUAAGUACAUUUUUAAGGCCACAUUUAUGGUAAAGUACAACGUGUUUUGUAGCUUAAAGUCUAGCUAGUUUUCGCUCAAAAGUGUAUUCUAAUUAUCAAGCGUUCUAUCGGAGGCGAUUUCUUUCACAUCAGUCAUAUUUAGAUAGGACAACUAAGCUUUCUGAGUUUCUUUAUGUCUAAAAGGAAGUAAGUUUGAUUGUAGUUUUGGUUAUUGUGUAGACUUUGUACGCAGAUAUAUACUUUAAACCAUCAGUAUCCAUCGUUUUCUGAUUCUUUACAGAUACAGUCUUCCGAUUAUACCGUUGAGAAACUAUCUUAUAAAGGUUGGACUGAUUACUAACUAAAUGUUUUGUGGAAAUCAGGGCAUAUAGUCAUUUGAGAGUCCAGUCUCCCAUCAUCUAGUGAAAUUAUACUGUUACGUUGUGCAGUAUUUCCAAAUGUAUUCUAAUAAUAUCUAUUAGCCCCCUUAUUUGACAUUUCCAUUUUUUGGUUUUAUGGAGAUGUUAGUGAUACUCAGAGUAAAAAUAAAGCUUAAUAAUGAAGUCUGGAUUCCAUUGAGAUACAGGUGACUUACAACUCAUUAUUUUUCGAUGGGGAAACGUAUUUUGAAGAGAAGAGUGAUAAUCUACGGUAAAUUACCGGAAAAUUGAUUCUGUUUUUGUAAGAAAAAUAAUAACGGUUAAUAUGGUUAAAAUUAAAAAAGGAUCUGAGAGCUUAAAUCUACUUGUUGUAAUCAAACCGUAGCUCAGUUAGUCCAAAAUACUCAAAUGUAUAUGAUUCCUAAGAUAAAAAGUAGUAUUCUGCUAAGAUGUAUGUGCUCUACGUUUAUAUUUUGGAUUAUUCUAUUAAGUGUCUAAAAUAGUUUCUAUAAAUAAAUACUGCCUACGCUUAAAUAAAAAUUUUAAAGCCUAGAAAUAUUUCAUUCGACUGAUCAAUGACCUGAGACAGCAAUUAUGAGCUGUUAACCAUUUCUCAGUAAUAACGUUCGAAUAUUAUACAUCGUUAUUAGAAUUACGAGAAACGUUUAUUAAAAUUUUGAAAUAUAUCUGUUUGUUAUUCAUUUGUGCUGUUAAAAUAGUAUAAUGGAUCCACCUGAAGUAGAAAUUAUGUAAAUUGGAAAUCUUUACGCAUCUUUUAAAUUCCAAAAUCAAUUUUGUCUUGACAACUGUCAUUUUCAUAUAUUGUUUUUAGAAAUUUUCAAAUCUUACCGAUGCUAUUAAUCUGAUUGGUAUAUUUUCUUGUUUUGACAUUUCUCAAUGUUUCGAUGAAAUUAAAUACUCAUUUCGGAUUAUGGUAACUGCUUAUGGUAAAAUUUAAAGGGUCGGUACAAAUUAAUAAUCUCUCUGAUUAUUAUAAGGUAUAGGAUUUGAAUUGUAGUUUCUAUGUUAAGUCAGUCGUUGAAAAGCUGGGAGUUAUGAUAUUUUUCUGUGUUUAUUCAUAAGUGCGAUGUGUUUAGGAAUGGAAUUAUCCUUUAGUCUAUUUUUGCAUUACUUAUUUCACAUUAUGUCUAUCUUCAAAUCAAACUAAUUUUCAACCAUAGGUUUUUAUCUUUCAAGUAAUGCAUUUUCUAAUCAGAUUGUUUCCAAGUAAUUGUAACGUAACCAUUUACAGUUGUUCUUUAACAGUUUGGUUAUACAUACAGAUAUUUCAUUCGAUCAUCAAGUUACUGCAGUUCAUGUCAUCUAUGAUUGUCUGACGAGAUGUUAUUGCAUUUUUACACCUAAUGAUCAUACUAUUUAUUUUGAUUUGGUUAUAUGUUGGACAGAUUCAUUUAUGAAAGUUUCUAGGAAGUGUAUAGAAAAAAGAAAUUGUAAAAAAUACUUUAGCUUUAUUACAUUCUUUGUUUCAUUGAGUUAAUAGCUGGGUUUAUUUAUUUACAGGUUUUUAAUAAGAACAACCUUAUGAAAUAGCCGGCCAAGAAAUUUUUUUAUUCUUUACACAAGAAUUGGAAAAUAAGAUCUAACACUUAGAUUUAAUUAUACCUACAAAAUUAACGAAUCAACUCUUUUUUAAUAUGAUUUCUUAUAGCCGUAUAUCUAUGCAUAUGACCAC